AGUUGCUGUCCGUUCCCAUCUCUACUUUGUUUUCAUGGGAGCCUGGAAUUCAGGCGACAGCAGUCCCGGUCCUCUGAACGACGAUACCAGUGCAUGAGAAGCCCUAGCACAAUCAAAGCUGCGCUUCAGCGCGGCGCAGACAAGUGAUUAUGUCGUUCGGCUUUAGUCCCUCAGAUGUCGUGAAGCUAGUAGAAGUAUCAACACGAGUCUACCUCGCCUUCAAAGAUGCGAACGAGAACUCAGAAGUCCAGGUGGAAGGUCUCGUGCGCGAAUUCACGGCUUUCCACCAUUGCUUGGUUGAGCUAGAUGAGCUGAUGAGAGAAUAUGGAAAACCGCUGCCAUUCCCGUUCGAUGAUUUCAAGGACACGAUUGACAGAUGUGAGAAGAGCAUCAAGCCGUAUGCAGACAACCUCAUCGACAAGAAGAUGAACUUCACAAAGAUGGUGUAUACGAUCAAAUACAUGGGCAAGGAGAAGGAGAUCGAUGGACUGCGGAAGCAAAUUUCGGGACAUUACCAGGCUUUGCAGAUGUGCAUUUCAUUCCUGCAACUUCGAUUACACCUGGAGGCAACCAAGCAAACUCAGCGAUUGCUUGAUACCGCACCAUUUCGGUCGAUGAGUCUGGGUGGACAAUGGUACACCUCGAACGCGUUCGCGAAUGCAUCGCGCACUGACACAAGAGCUCUCCCCGCCAUGGAUGAUGCAGAUGGGUUGUUCCAGGAAUGGCUGGUCUUCAGUCGUUGGCUAAAGAGUGAGAAUGACCGCAUUGCGCAAGAAGCUGGUCUCACAAGACCCUUGUCUCUAGGAGAUACCCCUGCGGCAGCACCCAGUGGGGAUGCGCAGACGGCCGCAGUGUUGUAUCACCUUCGAAGGGAGCUGGAAGACGCUAUCGUUAUCGAGGAGAAUCGCGCAAAACGAGCAGCAGUGGAAAGACGUACGCACCUCGCACCUAGCGACGCUGUUCGACAGGAAGUAAGGAAUCUGCCACCAGUACCUCAACGAACAUAUACCCUCGACACCGAGUUCUCGGGUAUGUUCUCGGGGUUCGACGCAAAUCCAAACAUGAGUGAGUCGACGGCCACAUUACGGCCAGGCGACACUACACCAUCCCCAACGGCAUCACCAGGUGCAGCACUACAUGAUCAGUCGUACUUCGGUCAGUUGCCUACCGGUCGCGUGCCUUCCAUCUCGACAUCGGAAUCGAACUUCGCUACUUCGCCUACCUCAAUGCGCUCUGGCCCAAUCACCGCAGACACCACCCCUGAGUUAGAUUCCUCGCACCCUCUCCACUCUAGGUUUUCCGUCACCUCGCUCAUAACUCUCGCCCUUGGAGACAGCGCUCUUGAGUGGAAACGACUUUGCCAUAAAGUCCAAGUCGAACGAAGAACAUCUUCCGGACCUCCUGAGUCGCGUGAGUGCGACAUCCACUGGCGACACAACGAAGAUACAGGGCUUGCAAUCCGUUCAGUGUACCGUUCGGGCGGGACUGUCAAGGUAUGGACUAUGCAGAGCUUCCCGGCAACAGGCCCGAGCAUUCCGCUUACGACGUCUUACCCUGACGGUGAUGUAUCCAUCGACUUCCCAAGAGCCUCGCAUGGCCGGCUUGACAAGCGGUGUACCGACAUAAAGUAUACCUUCGGUGGGCAGGAAGCAACUGUCAAGUUGCAGUCUCUUCUUUAUACCAACAACGGAAAAGAUGCGGCGGAGCUCCUUUUCGAUCGAUGUGUUCUUACGGUGUCGUCGAACCUGAACAAACCUGAGUGUCGUAGAAAGAAUGUUCGUCUCUGGAAGAGGUCAGAGGAGCACAACGGCAGAAUGGUGGACAUACUGGUGUUGCUGUUCUACACAAGCGCUCUGCCAGAUGAACGGGCGCAUUGGGUCGAGGAACCACACUACGCUUUCCAAUGGCUAACCGACGAUGUGUACAAGAAGAGCAGUGAUAAAGUGACUUUAGUGUUCUCGAAGGAGCCGGGGAGGUGGAACAGAGACAAGCUCUUCCAGCGUCGGAAGUCAUCGUCUGCAUCGACAAUGUCCGCUACAGAUGCGAACUCAAUACGGAGGGAUUCUGGUCAGUCGACUCGGAGUCCACCACCCUCCCCUGGCAUACCGAGUCUGGUGCGGUCAGGCACACACACCUCCGUGGCUUCGACGACUUCGAACAGGUCGUCUCGGUCACUGUUCGGCAGGUCCGGCCACAGUCGAAUUGGCGAUCUCAACCGCUUCCAGUACAGCGAACUGGAGAUCAAGUUUCAGAGCAAGUCUGACCGCAAUGAUUUCAUCGCGGUGUGGCAACAACAUGUAAAACAACUCAUUUCGCCGUUAUCCAAAGAUUAAUUUGAAAUGCGAAUAUGUCGCACACAACAAGUGCAGCUACGUUCAUCAUCGUCAGAUCGCGUUUGAAGGCAAUUUUGGUGUUGCUCAUCAAUUUUGAUUACAGAUGGCCGACGUCCGGUAAGCCGGGUUUUGGUGCGGUUUUCCGCGUGGCUUUGCCUCAGGCUGCCCAGUUCAGAGUCUACCACGCGCUACGGAAGAAAUAUCCCCGCAUUCGAGCGAGCUACAACAAGCCAAUCCACGCUAUCGGAAGGAGUUCAUAUCCCCGCAUCAACGACCUCCGAACAAGCUACGACAAGCAGCACUGUGCUACUGUACCCCAGGGAAUCUAUCCCCGCAUUUCUGGAAGACCCGCACACAUGGCAGCA